AUGUCGACUUCCAAUCCGCGUGGGGCGACGGUGAUGAUCAUCAGUAUCGUCUUCCUGGUACUUGCUGCCAUAUGCGUCUUUAUGAGAGUGUAUGCAAGACUGGUUGUGUUGAAAAACUCAGGUCUUGACGAGGUGGCUAUCGUUGGCUCAUUUAUUUCCUCUGUAGCUCUUUUCGCCAUGACUGAAAGACAGGUGAGAUAUGGAGAGGGGAUUCAUUUCGAGGAUGUAUUGGCCAAAAACCCACAAGACUUCACAGACCAGUUGAAGUACUUAUGGCUAGCGAUUAUUUUUUACAACGCUUCUCUAACUCUAACCAAAGCGUCAAUCAUCCUCCAAUAUCUCCGUGUUUUUGUUAGCAAAGGAGUUCGGCGCGCCUGCUGGGGAUUCCUCGCCUUCGUCGGAGCAUAUGGUCUCUGGACUAUCAUGUCCAACAUCUUUACCUGCACCCCGGUCUCGGCAUUCUGGUCUCCCACUCCAGACAUGCAUUGUAUCAACAAGAAGUUCUUGUGGUUCUUCAAUGCUUCAUUUAACAUUCUGACGGACCUUGUCAUCAUAAUUCUUCCUAUACAAACCCUCAAAUCUCUGAGACUCCCAAGGCGACAGAAGAUUGGGUUGAUGAUAAUUUUCGCUCUGGGAGGAUUUCUGUAUGUUAUAUCAGUAUCGCAAGAUCCUACUUAUGACAACGUUGGCGCUUCCAUCUGGUCCAACAUUGAAGUCUACACUGGCAUUAUCUGCGCCUCGCUCCCAGCAAUCAAGCCCAUCGUCUCGAAGUUUUUCCCGAACCUUCUAGCAUCAACUCGAAGCGGCACACGCUCCAAAACUCAUGACAACAUCUUCGGAAUCAACAGCAGCGCAAAAGCCAUUCGACUUACUGAUGUUGAACUUGGUGGUAAGACCGUGACGAGAGUGGAGGCCAAUGAGAGAGGAAAUCCCAACUUGAGAGAAAGCAACAGCAGUGGCGAUCUUGGCAGAGACAUUUUCAUUACGACAUCGAUGAGACAGGAUGUGGAGAGCAAGUCUGAGAGCAGAAGUCAGGUUGGGAGUGAGAAGGACUUGAUUAUCCAGCGGCCAUGA